AUGACUGUCGACCGGACAUCUAUCACUUUCACUUUCCGAGGUGAUGCGCUUGAAAAAGUAGCUGCAGUGCUCGCUCAAUUCUCCCAUGAGGAUUAUUUCGCGUAUGAACGCGAGGGAGAGUGGUUCAUUGGCCUUGGAAACCGCUCAACGUUGCUUAUUGACCCUCAAGGCAAGACUGUGACCACCAUCACAGGGUCCCAGGAGAACUCACGCUCGAUGGGUCAAACUUCAAUCUCUGAUCUUGCAAGAGAAUUCGUUCGCACCAACCUGAAGGCCGGCGGCAAAAUUUUCGGCCAGGCCGGGUUCAACUUUGCCUCUCGCUUGCGAGGGAAAGAUUUCAAGGCUGGUCAAUGGCCACUGCUGAGCCUUCUGGCUCCGACGACCGAGCUCACGUUUCGACGGGACGAGAUCACCGUUGCUGGUGUUGAUAAUGGUCGAGCCAGACAGUUGCAUGACUUGAUUCAAAGUGAUCAAGUGCAUUUUGACAAGUCGUUGCUCGGCAGUACUGCUCAACCCAAUACGGAAGAGAAUCCGGAAGAGUACAUGUCCAGGGUUGAGCAGGCUUUGCUCGAGAUCAACGAGGGUUGCUAUACAAAGGUGAUUGUAUCGCGAGCGGUGAAUAUCCAAAGUCGAAUCAAUAUGCCAGCGACGCUUCUCCUAGGUCGACGGGCCAAAAAUCCUGCCCGAAGCUUCUCACUGAAUCAUGCUGGAUUCCAAGCAACCGGGUUCAGCCCAGAACUCGUCAUGUCAGCCAAACAGGGAAGAGUCAUCACCGAACCUUUAGCAGGUACUCGCUCUCGCAAAGGAUCUCCAGCUGAGGUGGAAAAGCUCCGUCAGGAACUACUGAACGAUCCAAAAGAAAUCGUCGAGCAUGUCAUCUCCGUUCGAGAAGCAGUGGAAGAGCUCAACCGACUCUGCGUACCCGGGUCGAUUAACAUUGACGAUUUUAUGUCCGUUCGCCCACGAGGCGCCGUUCAGCAUCUUGGCUCUCGAGUUGCAGGAAGGCUGUCGAACGACAAAGAUAUAUGGGACGCCUUUGAAGUCCUGUUCCCUUCAAUUACUGCAUCAGGCAUUCCAAAGGAUGCAGCCAUUCAGGCCAUCCAGCGUCUUGAGCCUCAAACUAGAGAACUUUAUUCUGGAGCCGUGAUCAUGAUCGAGGAUGAAGAAUCUUUGGAAGCUGCACUCGUCUUACGCAGCGUGUUUCAGGAUACAACGCGGCGAUGGAUUCAAGCUGGGGCUGGCGUCAUUGCGCAAUCAAAUCCGGAACGCGAGCUGAGGGAGACUUGCGAGAAGCUGGCUAGUGUCGCACCAUUUGUUGUCGUAGAUUCCGAGCGUUGA